UGGCCUCUGUUCCUUUAAUAAACUCCUGGUUAUCUAGUGUAACAAAUGUCUCGCUGCCAUCAUCAAGUCCAGGCGAGGAGGGAGGAGUUUUUAAUGUUCAGUUUGUUCUAUGGAUCGAUGUCUGCUGGCAUCGCCUCUCCCUCUCCGCUCGCCCGCACCGUGCGUAAUCUACUGUACUGUUACCAUUUACCUUACCAGAGGCUUUCUACGCGCAUUCCCUCCACAUAUUAUCCGCCGAAUAACUGCCUGCGGGACUGACUGACUGACUGACAGACACACGUCGAUCAACAUACAGUAUGUGGCACUGAUCGAUGGACAAAACCGGAUGGUGAAAGGAGACGAUUCGCCCCCCGUAGGAGGAAGAAGAAGAAUAAGAAGAAGGUGAAAGAACAAGCCCGACUAAACAUCUGUCCCCCCCUCCUCUGAAAAACCAUUCCGAACUGGAUUUUUUUUAUUUUUUUUUCAUUGUAAGAGAGACUGAACUACUCCGAGAGCCAAAAUAAAGAAUCGCACACACUCUCUCUCUCUCUAUCUUUCUCUCUCUCUCUCUGUCUCUCUCUAUGCAUGGACUAUCGUAGACCGCAUUCAGAUUUCACCUGGGCACAGUAGUGAACUGCGACUCCCAAAAAAAAAAAGAAAAAUGCCACGGAGGAAACAGCAGGCGCCCAAACGGGCUGCGGUGUAUGAAGACGGUGUUCUUCAGGACUCCAUCCCCGAGGAAGACGCUGAGAACGACACUCAGACUGAAGAGGAAUGCUCGGAGAAGACCAGCCCCAAAGUGUCCGAGGACCGAGAGCUAGACAACAAGAGCACCAACACUUACAGCAACCAGAACUCUCCCAUUAGUGUCCUUUCCAAUCAAGAGGCCGAGUUGGAGUCACGCCUUAGCGACGCCAGUGACAGACUCUCAGACUUCAAAACCUCCUCGCCACCUGAGAGCAAGAGGGAUGACGAAAGCCCCAGCUCCAAACAUAAAGAGGAGACGGGCGGCAGCUUGGAGAAGAUGAGGGCAGCCUAUGCAAACUUUCUUUCUGAUUCCUACUGGACGGGAAUAGGGAUGGACUUGAAAAUUGGCAAAAACACCAGCAAAGCCAACUGUGACAGUACCAACGGAAGCACCAAGAGUGAGUUUGACUGGCACCAGGAUGCGCUCUCAAAGACUUUUCAGCAGUCCCACUCCCCAAAGCCUGCAUCCAAACCUAACCUCUUUAGUUCUGUCCACCUGUUCAGGCAAACCACCAAACCCUGUGGCUCAGUGUUCACCGGAGCCAGCCGAUUUCGCUGUAAGGAUUGUAGCGCCGCUUAUGACACUCUUGUGGAGCUGACCGUCCACAUGAACAAGAGUGGACACUACCAGGACAACAACCACAGCAAACAGAGUAAUUCCUCUGCUUCUUCCUCUAAAUCUAGGAAACGGAAUUUCCAAGAUAUGGAAGGAAAAGAGGAUGCACAAAAAGUUUUGAAGUGCAUGUUCUGCGGCCACUCUUUUGACUCGCUCCAGGAUUUGAGCGUCCAUAUGAUUAAAACCAAGCAUUACCAAAAGGUGCCUUUAAAAGAGCCAAUCCCAGUCAUCACACCCAAAUUGUUGCCACCAACAAAGAAACGGGCCUUUGAAACGGUGAGACCUUGCUCCCCUGACUCUACGACUGGUAUAUCUGGCUACACUGAGGCACAAAGGGCCGCCGCCAUUUCAAAUGCUAACAAUAAUCGCUACGGCUAUCAGAACGGAGCGAGUUACACUUGGCAGUUUGAGACGUGCAAGUCUCAGAUUCUUAAAUGCAUGGAGUGUGGAAGCUCCCAUGACACCCUUCAGCAACUCACCACACAUAUGAUGGUUACCGGACACUUCAUCAAAGUCACAAACUCAGCCUCUAAAAAGGGUAAACAGUUAGCACUUGAUCCCCUGGCCAUAGAAAAGAUCCAGGGUUUAGCUGAGCCUGCUGCCAGCGACACUGAGGGAGAAAAGGUUUCUCCAAAAAAUCCUUCCCCCGGGAGCAGUGACAAGGAUAGCCAGGGGGAAGGUACAUCAGACAAAAUGGAAGAAACUGAAGCUAAGGAUGACAAGCAAGAGAGUGAGGAUCAAAAGGCAGGCAAUGGGACUUUUAAGUACCCUUAUCUCCGUGAGGAGGAUCUUGAACAGGACUCAGGAGGAGGAGGGGACAUUCUUAAAUCUUUAGCCAACACAGUGGCCUCUGCCAUCAAUAAAGCUCAAACAGGGACACCAAGCUGGAGUGCCUAUCCGAGCAUUCACGCUGCCUAUCAGCUCUCCGGCAUCAUCAAAAGCGCCCCUCUCUCUGCAUCUCCUCCUACUCAGCUAAAGCAGACAUUUAACCACAAGCUGAGACCGAUUGCCCCAAAGGGGAAGUUAUACCACGGUGCUGUGGGAGUUGAGGAUCCCCAGGGACAGCAUCAAAACGUGGACAUCAAAAAAGAAAAGGUUGGCAUUAGCGAUGGUAAAGAAAGUCAGAAUAUUAAGUUUGAUCUGUUGGAGAAUGAUGACAGCGAUUGUCAGGACGAUUCCUCUUCCUCUUCAAAGCUUGAUGCAGACUGUAUGAAUGAAGGGAGUGAGGCGAUCAAAGGGAAGUUGAGCCCAGAUUUCUCUGACAGAGGAAAGACACCGAGCCCCUCUGCCAGCAAUGGACGCGGCACUGCUUCAGAGCCUCUCGGUGACACUCCAACUCUACUUGGCAUAAACCCUCUUAGUGCACUGCAGUCAGUUCUAAACAAUCAUCUGGGCAAGGCAAAUAAGCCCAAUAACUCAAGAGUAGAUAAACUAUCGGCUCACACCCAGUCUAUUUUUGCUGACAUUAACCGUAGCAACGAGAAACCAGCUUUAAUGCUUGGAAAUGCCAUAAGAAAAAGGCCUGAUAACCCCUUUCUCUUUGUGAAUGAUGACCAACCAAUAGACCUGACGAAAUCUAAACACAGCAAGCAAAGUUCCUCUCUACUCCAGCCCUCCACCCCGAUGCCACAGAAAUACGCUCUGUCUGACAUCGCAGAUAUGGUGAAAGUUCUUCCAAAAGCCACAACGCCGAAGCCCUCCAUGCCAUCAAGGAUCCCGACGAUGAAACUGGAAUCGGAUGUCAGGCGCUUUGAGGACGUGUCUGCCGAGGUGUACUCAGUCCACAAGCGUAAAGGUAGACAGUCAAACUGGAAUCCUCGCCAUCUUCUCAUCCUGCAAGCUCAGUUUGCCUCCAGCCUCUUCCAGACCUCUGAGGGCAAAUACUUACUCUCAGACCUCGGCCCUCAGGAACGGAUGCACAUCUCCAAGUUCACCGGAUUGUCCAUGACCACCAUAAGCCAUUGGUUAGCAAACGUAAAAUACCAACUGCGGAAAACCGGAGGGACCAAAUUUCUGAAGAGCAUGGACACCGGGCACCCGAUCUUCUACUGCAAUGACUGUGCUUCCCAGUUUAGGUCACCGGCCUCAUUCAUUUCCCAUCUGGAAUCCCAUCUCGGGUUCCAAAUCAAAGACAUGUGCAAAAUGCCAGUAGAGCAUCAGACGAAGGUAGAGGAGCCAGAACUGUCGAAGGCCCUCGGUGUCAGAGCCACAGAGGCUCUAGUCACGGACGAGGACAUUGACUCAAAGUUCAAAUGUAAGCUCUGCUGUCGGACAUUUGCCAGCAAUCACGCAGUCAAACUCCAUUUGAGUAAAACUCACAGCAAAUCCCCCGACAACCAUUCACAAUAUGUGGAGAUGGACAAGGAGUAGUUUUUCAUAUUAUUGUCACUUUUUUUUUUUUUUCCUUUUCUUCCUUUUUUAUUUGAAUACACAGGUCAGAUAUUUCAACCAUUUUUUUUUUUUUCCAAUUCGCUUUGUGUAGUGUGCAUCAUUAUGACGUUUUAAAAACAUUUCAUGGACAGCAAAGACACACUGGUUAGAAAUUGUAUAAGGAAACACUAAGAGAUACUUUUGCACCCUGCUCAAAUGCAUCACCAGUAAUGAAAUGUAUUACUGCUUGAAGAAACAUAAUUGCUGAUGUUUGCAUGCAAUAGCCCUGGCUAUGACUACUAUUUAUUUGUAUGAUAUGUCAAGUUUCAAUUGUAUUUCAAAGACAAAAUAAUGGACUCAUUGUACUUUACAACUUCUGUGAUACGAGUACACCUGCAGAAAUGCGCAGCUGUUAAAACAACCUGUACAGUGUAUUGCUAUGUAAAGAUGUUUUGUGUUGCAAUGAUAGAAGAGGAAAAAAAAAAAGCACUUUAAUAAAUGUUUAAUCACCAGUUUAGACUCAGAUUCUGUACAUGAUUCAAAAAUAAUUAGACGGAAGAAGAAAAAAAAAAAAAGGAUAUUUCACAUGUAAAUAUGUUUUA